AUGCGCCUCGGCGCGCUCCUCAUGGUGUCCGCCGCGAAGUCGCUCGUCGUGCUGCCCCGCGCCGAGUGGGCCGCGCGCGCGGCGGCGCACCGGACCCGCGUCGCGGACCUGCUCGGCGGGCGGCCCGGCGACGUCGCGAAGACGUGCGCCGCCGACCCGUUCCUGAAUUUCGUGUUCACCUACUACAAGGGCGACCUGGGCAAGCCCGCGCGCCUCGAGCGCCUGACCGCACCGGCCCACGUCGCGCUCGAGGCCGGCGGCGACGCCGAGGACGGGAAGCUGUUGUGGCGGCGGCCCGACGCGGCGGGCGGCGUCCGGCGCUUCGACCCGCUGGGCGUGUCGGCGCCGCGGCUCGCGGCGCUCGCGCGGGGCCGCGAGGUGCUCUCGGCCACAUCCACGAAGCCGCCGGUCUGGAGCUGCUACGGCCUCCACGAGUGGGCGAUGGUCUACGGCGGCGGCGGCGAGCCCCCGCCGCGGCACCAGGCCCUCCCGCUCCGGCUCCCGCAACACCGCGUCGACGCCGUCGUCGACAGCAACGAGCUCCGGUGCACGCACUUCGACGCCUUCCGCUUCUACGCGGACGGCGCGAAGCUGUGCGCGAAGCCGCGGAACCGGUGGCAGCUCUCGCGGGACUCGCAGGCGGCCCACGAGCAGCCGGCGUGCCUGCACGCGGGCAUGGACUUGUUGCGCUACGCCCUGCGCCUCGCGCCCUUCCUCGAGCCGGAGCUGCUGGGGGACGCGCUCGCCGUCGCCGUGGACGCGCGGAAAUUGGACAUGCGCGCGUCGCCCUACGACCUCCGCGGCGCCGUCGCGACCGGCGACGCGGCGCCCGUGCGCGUGGAGACGGCGGCCGGCCGCCGCGCCUACGUCGCCGAGCAGGCGCGGCUCGCCGAGGCCGCGGCGCCCGUGCGGGCCGCGCUCCUCGACGCCUACGACGCGUUCUUCCUCGAGCGCGCGCUCCGGAGCGGCGGCUAA